UAUUUAUUUAUAUAAAAUUAAUAAUAACUACUAAAUAAUAUUAUUGAAAAUUUUAGGGAUCGGUGCACUAAUGUAAUAAUUUUACGUAAUCUCACAAAUAUAGAAUAUAAAGGUUUAUCAUCUAAUAUAUUUUCCAAUAAUUCCUAAUGUUUAAUUUGAGAAACACAAGUCACAAUGAACAGCAGAAUCCUAAACACUAUCGCAAAUGCAAUAGACAAUAAAGAAGAGGAAUGUCGAAAAAGAAUUGAAAGUGGAAAGCUAAUCUUCAAGGAGCUCACGACUUGUGUUGAAAAUUGUCUUAAUCGAUUUGGAGGAAAAUCAGAACUAGCUACGGAAGAUGAUAUAAGGAUAGUACAGCUGUGUGAAAAAUGGGAAAAAGUUUUAAGACAUGGCCUACGAACAAACUUAUCUAGUUCUACACUUCAAAACUUGGUAUCAGCUGGAUUAAAUUUUACUUUAAAUAUUAUCAAUAUUGGGAAUUCAUUGUGGAGUUUUUGUUGCCUUCAUUUGACAAAACAUGAAAAAGAGAGAUUCAAAAUUCUUACCAACAUAAAUACACCAUUGGGAUAUUUUAGAGCUUUUCUGAGGGCGGCUCUGAAUGAGAGGUCUCUAGAAAGGUAUUUACAAAGUUGGAUCUCCCAUGGUCUUUUAUUGGAAUAUUACGACGAGGGAGCACUUGCACGUAGUCCUGAAGCUAAUCUAUUACCAAAUAUAGCAAACAGCUUAUCAACAAUAUUAUUUGCACUAUCAAUUGAUAGAGCAGAGCUGAAUGACUCACAGCACGCCAGCCAACUUAACAAAGCAGAACUUGUCAUUCCACUACCAACGCCGAUUAAGUCUUCGAUAAAUUCAAAAAGAAAACCGCUGAGACAAGUUAUAUCAUUUGAUAAGGUGGAACAAAAAAGUGAGGCAAAAAAUAAAAAAUAUUUGCCAAAAACAGAACCUUUAACAGAGUCUUCUUGUAACAGUGCUCCAGCGACCUGUUUAAAUUCACCAGAUGCUAGGAUUUCGUUUGCAGCGGUAUCCAGUAGUGAACCAACCAGUUCUGACUACAAAGGGAUUCGACACUUUUUUCCUGACAGUGUCAAAGCUAUUGAUAGCCCCUUGCAGAUGCUUUCCAAAUUGUCUGAGAGCGCUAAAGAGAUAUUUACCAGUACAACAAGCAUUGAAAAGAAUAACAUACAAGAUGAUGCAUCAGAUUUAAGUGUGAAUUGUUUAAAGAUUUCGGAGAGUGAUAGCGAAGAAGUUGUUGGCAGCAUUGACGGUAGCACAUCAUGUUUAGAGUUAUGCUUUACUGAAGACGAGGGUGGCGCAGACGAUAAGGCACUUGAUUCUGUAUUAGAGUCUAGGGAAAGAGAAUUUCUUAAUUUGCAGUUGAAAUAUGAUAGUAUUGAGCAAAAGUGUAAAGAAAAAGUUCAAAAACUUGAAAACGUUGUUCUCGACUUGAGCAAAGAGAAUGAUAGAUUAAAAGAACAGCUGAGGACUUACAUGUCUGUAGUUGAGAUGGGGAAAGCAUUGAGAAGUAAUAGUAAUGACGACUCGGAAGUUAUGCAAUAUGAAAAGAAAUUAGUUCAAGUUGCUGAAAUGCACGCUGAGCUUAUGGAGUUCAAUCAGCAUUUGCAGCGAAGAUUGCAAGACUUUGAGAGUGCAGGAAUUGAGAUACUGGAGUGUCCUGAGUCUAACGUCAAAGUCUACAUACCUAGUGCAUUCUUGGUUGGGAAAAAAUCACAUUCUUACCAUGUAUAUCAGAUAUUUGUUAAGGUUGGACAAGAAGAGUGGAAUGUGUAUCACAGAUACGCAAAAUUCUAUGAACUGCACACUCAAUUGAAAAAAUGUCAUCCGGAUAUAGCCAGUUACAACUUUCCACCGAAAAAAGCUUUAAGAAAACGAGACGCGCGGCUGGUCGAGCAGCGACGUGCGUUGCUGCAGGCGUACCUUCGACACGUGUUGUUAGUGUUGCCAGAGCUGCGUGACUGUACCAGCCGAGCGCAACUCAUUACGCUGUUACCGUUUUUUGGUAUAUCUUCGACAGUCAGAGAGAAUGGAAUAAACACGUUAAGUAGACAACAAUCGAAUGAUUCCGCCUCAACGUUUGAUCCUCUAUGAUGCCAUCAUGUGUUGUCAGAAGAGUUCAAUUUUCGGUACCAGGAGUGUACCGAUACCUGUAUUCGCAUGUUAUCUAUUGAUAGGCGAUCAGGGAAAGGUAAUAGUGACAUCCAGAGUUGGCUAAGUGCGAUUCGGAUUUUAAACAUUAAUGUAUUGAAUUUCUACAAAAAAGACGUUUACAGAUCCCACCAAGAUCUGCAAAUAUAUUAAAUUAUAAAAAACCUAUCAUGUUAAUCUGUAUGUAGAUUUUGUUAGAACUAGAAGUUAAUUAUUAAGCCUAGAACAAACUGUGGUAUACAGUGAAGUCGAAGGCAGUACUGCAUCACAUCUAUUCCCGUUGGAAAUUGACCAUGCACCUAUACUGUUAUGGUCCGGUGUGAAGAGUAAUAAGGUACACCUAAAUGAAACAUUCCAUCAUCACAAAUUAUGGUCUCGGUUUAUUCAACAAUCGCGUUUAUUCAACGAAACAUUAAAACAUUAAACAACAAGAAAAAUAUUUUGCAAAAUACAACAAGAGCCGAAUUUUCUUCAUAUAAAUAAAAAAAUACACCAGACUUGAACAUUAUUCGGCAUUGAAUAUGCCCCUUGAUAACCUAAGAAUUCUUUCACUGCAGCUACUACGGCCUCAGAUCUUCCCUUUAAAUAAUCCUUCAACCUUGUUCUUCUCAAUCGGUCACUCUUGUCAAAUUGGUCGUGGUUGCCAAGAUGACGCAACAUUAGUCGCCGUUGGUCUCCCCAGUUAUGGGUCGCACUGCCUCCCUCGCGAUGCUCAUCCACUUUUUACGGCUUGCAGUCUCAGGGUCACUGUUUUGAUAAGGUCCGUCCAUCGCGUGGGUGAGCGUCCUCUCGUUCUUUUCCCCUCCACCUGACCCUGCACUAUGAACCGCUCAAUCGAUCCUUCAUUUCUGGAGCAACCCUGAUCAACCUUGUAAAUAGAUAGAAAUCACUGGAGAGCUAGGUCGGGAAAAUAUGGCGGAAGAUCAAGCAAUUCGAAACCAUCGACCUGUGAACAAAACAAUCUAUGCUAGUUUGCCUCGCCGUGGUCAAGAUAUUCAGUUAUGACCACCUUUACUAUCCCAGAGAAGAAAGCCUUUCACCGUAUAUCAUAGGAGUCUCUUCCAGGUCAUAGACUGUAUUUUGUUUCAGGAUCAUAAUGGAGAAGCCACGUUUCAUCCAUGGUUAUUAAUCAAGCUAAGGGAAAUGUUCAGAAGCCCGAGAUAUGUUCAGUCUCAACUCUCUUUUGUGCAUCGGUAAUAAUUCUGAUAAUCUUCCGCAUGAUAACAUUAUUCAUCUCUGAGCGUUCGUGUAAAAUGCUUUUUGUUAUAAAACCUGCUUUGAUAGGACAAUCUGCUAAAAAAAUUUUCUUAACCAAUAUUUUGUUCAAUAAUCAUCUGUGGCGGUUGUUCGCCCACUUAUAAAUUCUUGCAAGUUGAUGCAUCGCGCAUUUGCAUUUCAGGUAUCCUGUAUAUCUUGAUUAACUUGUUUCGUACUGAAAUUUUUCAAGCACAGAUACUUCAAAAACGGACGCAAUUUAAUGCUACAUAUUUUUGACAAUACGCUGCGACAGCUUUUUUUUUUAUAUGAGAGGGGGCAAGCGGGCAAGAGGCUCACGGGAUGGGGAGAGGUGAGGCAACCGCCCAUGGACAUCCGCAACAACAGGUGUGUCAAGAAAUGCGUUGCCGGCCUUUAAGGUGGGAGUAUGCUUUUACUUGAAGGUCCCUAAGUCGUAUCUGUUCGGGAAGACCGCUGCCGGUAGUUGAUUCCACAAAGUGGCUGUUCGUGGCAAGAAGUUUCGAACAAAACGCGCGGUUGUGGAAUGCCAGACGUCUACGUGAUGCGGAUGGUACUUUGCACGUAAUGUCCGAUGGUGGAAUUCGAUCGCUGGAAUCAACCCGAACAGCUCCUCUGAUCACUCCCCGUGAUAAAUGCGGUAGAAGAUGCAGAGAGAGCCCACAUCUCUACGCAAUGCUAGAGAAUCUAGCCGAUCGGAGAUGACAUGAUCGUCGAUGAUUCGAGCCGCUCUUCGUUGUAUGCGGUGAAAUGGAAGAAGCUGGUACUGGGAAGCACCCGCCCAGAGGUUAGAACAGUACUCCAUGUGUGGCCAAAUUUGGGCCUUAUAAAGUUGCAGGCGGUGGCUUUUAGUGAAGUACUGUCUCGCCUUACUGAGUACACCAAGCUUUUUAGAGGCCAGUUUGGCCUUCUCUUCCAAGUGACCCCGGAACUGAACGUCGCUCGAUAUAUCGACGCCAAGUAUGCCAAUACAGGCUGUGGCAGUUAGAGGAGUGAUCUCGAAUCGAGGGGAUACGACAAGGGUCGGCCCCAUUCCGAGACUUUGCAAAGCAUAGUCUCGAUUUCAGACACAAGUUUGUUCCGGUUCUCGUCGACGCUAUCCCGGGACAUGUUGGCACGGCCGGUGUAGGAAGCAUACCCUGUGCUGUCGUCUGCAUAGCAAUGAAUAUUGCUGAUUUGCAGCAUAUCAUUGAUAUGCAGAAGAAACAGCGUAGGGGAUAGUACGCAGCCUUGCGGGACACCAGUGUUUAUGGGUUUUAAGACGGAGCAUGCACCGUUGAUAACAACCUUGAUGCUCCGAUCAGCGAAAAAGCUAGUGACCCAUUUGCACAACUUCUCGGGAAGCCCCUAGGAUGGCAAUUUCGCUAUAAGCGCUUUAUGCCACACCCGAUCGAAGGCCUUCGCUAUGUCCAAACUCACCGCCAACGCCUCUCCCUUCGACUCAACCGCUUGCGCCCAUUUAUGGGUGAGGUAUGCAAGAAGAUCACCAGCUGGGCGACCCUGACGGAAACCGUACUGGCAGUCGCUGAUCAGCUGGUGCCCCUCUAGGUAUCCCAAGAGCUGGCGGUUGAUGAUCGACUCCAUUACUUUGGAGAAAAUGGAGGUAAUGGCAAUGGGGCGGUAUUUGGACGGAUCUGAGCGUACACCUUUCUUAGGGAUCGGGUGCACUAAAGCCGCCUUCCAUAAUUUCGGGACUACGCCUGAUGAGUAGGAGAGCCGGAAAAGACGGGUAAGGACCGGCGCCAGUUCCGGAGCACAUGUCCGCAGCACUAUCGGGGGAAUGCCAAUGGGCCCGCUCGAUUUGUGAAUGUCCAAGGUGAGAAGCGCCUUAAGCACGGCACCAUGCCGGAUUUUUAGCUCCGGCAUAUAUGAAUCGCACCGCGGAAUAUGCGGUCACUUGGUCAUCCAGAGUCGAGUUGGGCGCGAAGAGGGAGCCCAGGAGAUCAGCUUUCUCUUUCGCGUCAUGGGCCAGCGAGUCAUCAUCCCUGUGCAUUGGCGGAAUGGCUGGCUGGCAGAAGUUUCCUUGGACAGCCUUGGCGAGCGACCAGAACGCACGAGUUCCCGAGGGAAGGCGUGCAAGUCUCUCGCCAAUUCUGCCAAUGUGCUUCGACUUCGCGUCAGCAAUAACUCUUUUGAUGGACCUCGAGGCAUGAUUGAAGUGUUUUUUAAGUUCGCUGGAAUUCACAUCCUUAGAUACCACCGCAUUGACCCAAGCCUGAUAGCACUCCUGCUUUCGGCGAGAGGCCAUUUUGCAGGAGCGGUCAAACCAUGGUUGGGACCUGCCACCGAUAGGCACAGAGGAGGAUGGAAUGAAGAGUUCCAUACCUUGCAGUACCACAUCAGCAACAGCGUCAGCAGCGGCAUCUGGAUCUCCCAGCGAAAAACAGAUCUGCCUCCACGGGUAGGAUGCAAAAAAGCACCGUAUCUCGUCCCACUCUGCUGACCUAUAGUGCCACACGCGGCGACAGCCUAAGAAGCGGGGCCGUGUUAGGCGCGUGAUCGGCACGGUGCUCCAGAUCAAGCAGUGGUCCGACGAUCCCAGAGAAGGGUCAACGGAAACUAGGUAGCCGUCCGGAUGUGAGGUCAACAGAAGGUCAACAGUGAAGGUGUAUGAUCUUGCACAUCUGGGAUUCGUGUUGGCGCAAUAACCAGUUGCGUCAGACCAUAUGCUAAGGCGAAGUCGUGAACAGAUCUCCCUGCAUGAUCGGUGGUACGUGAGCCUAGCCAUUCGGCGUGGUGGGCGUUAAAAUCGCCAAGAAACACGAUCUCUGCAGUGGGGAUCUGCUCCAACACGGAAUCUGUAGCCAUUUGGAUGUGUUCGAGGAGGCGGUCAGUCUCUGCGUUACCACUAUGGGACCUAUACAGGCAUGCGUAGAUUCGCGGAUGGUCAUGGCAGUCUACAUGCAGCCAGAUGAUGGAUAGGUCCUGUCCUUCAAGAAAACUCAGGCGUCGAGAACAGACAUCCUCCCUGACGUAAACGCACACGCCAGCCCGUGGUAUAAAGGAGUGUUCCAAAUUAUACCCCGGGUAGGAAAGGUAAGAUGAAUCAGCCAGGGAGGAUAUCUGUGUCUCUGUUAAAAAGAGCAGGGCUGGCUUCGCCGUCUCCAGGUGAAAGUGGACGGCAUUUAAAUAUGAUCGAAGCCCCCUGAUGUUGCAAAAGUCCACAGCGAGUGUAGCUUGAGCCUCCUGCUCUGUUUGCCCCGAGUCAGCGCAGAUUUGCCCCCUCCAGAAUACGCGGGGCAGCCUGGGCAACCACUGUUAGGUACAGGCCCUAAUUGUGGACGCCCAGGGACGGAUUCUCUAGGGCUGCAUAGCCCGGUACCGUCCUGGAGUAGUCUCUUUUUAGUCUGGCUUAGCUAAAAACAAAAGACUUCCAUUUCUAUAAAACAAAAGAUAUUCCAUUUAUUUCUAUUAUUAAAUCUCGCCAAUAUUGCAGCCUUAUCAGCGAGUAUUAAAUUUUUUCUUUUCCUUUUACCGGCCUCGCUUCACUGUACAUUCCCUUUAUUUAUUAAUCCACACAAAUACAUAUUUGUAUUAGAUGUAAAAAUUGUUAAUGUUUUAACUUAUUAUACUUAAUUUAAUAAUUGUUAGCAUAAAGCAAUCUCUGAGCUGUUUACACGUAUUUAUGAUUAAAUUAUGUAAAAUUAUAAAAUGACUACCUAUAGUAAUAGUUUUCGUCACAGCACGCACGGCCAGUCUUAUUAGACAGGUAUUGCCGAUAUCAUUUACUCUUUCACACUCACUGGCCUUAUUGGACGAUGUAGUGAUGCUCCAUGCUGCUGUCAAUAUUGAUAUUAGUUUUUUUUGCUAGAUGCUACGAGCUGUACAUAAUAUUAUAUUAAAAUCAAGAAAUACAUAAUCCAAACUAGUGGAAAUGCCUGUUUGCUUCAUUAGUGAAAGAGCCAAUGUCGCCAAAACUCUUUGCUGAUUAAUGGCUACAAUUUAUAAAAGGCUGGCAAAAAGCCGAUUGUUGUUCAAAAUUAAAUCUUAUUACAACUCUUGAAUGCAAGCUAUCAUUUUAAAUAUCCAUAUUCCAUCCCCACACUAAUAAUCAAGUGUGGUUUCUGAACGCUCGAGAACGAUGUAACAGAAUUCCUACAUUUAGUGCUUUCAAAACUUAGAAUAUCGAUUAUUUGUAGGUUAGGGAAAGAGUUAUCUUGUAGGUACAUGACACUAUUUCUAGUAAAAUAAAAGCAAUAUUUAGAAGAAGAGUGAGAACAAUGUAAUAUUAUAGAAAAUAUUUUUCUAAUAAUCUGCUAAGUUUGAUGACUAGGUGCUGAAUCAUACCAUUCAUUGAUACCUUUUAUUUAGUGAAUGUGCGUGCACGUCGCGCGUUAUAACAGGGACGGGACCUCGUCGUAUGGAUCUAACAUUCAAGCACAUUUAAAAAAAAUGUAAAAUUGUUUUUAAUAUUUACAAUAACAACUAAAAUAAAAAAUAUAUAUUACUAUAGCUAGAAUAUUUAUUUUCCGUAGCGUGAUCUGCCUUACAUAGAGACAACCGUGCCGGCAAGGAUAGAUUUGUAUCUAUCCUGAGGGGAUCCUUUUUUUUGAGGGAAUUGGUGAAUGCUCAUGUUUACCAACGCAGCCGAUCUCUGUAUUGGUUAUGUGGGACUCACGUAAAACCUAAGUGCCUCCCCACUAAACACCACCAGGGGUUGGCUUUGGGCGUGUUAAUUGGGAGCGACCAUCUCUUGGGGAAGAGAGGCGCAAGCGGCUCUCCCUUGGCAGAGUCCGCUGGGAUCGCACAGAAGGUGCUAUCUAAUUGGGACUUAGCGACAUCAGAAGGAUGAUCACAAAUGGGAGGUGAUGAGCGGAGCCCUGUGUCUCAUUCUUUUAUCUUGUCAGCCGGAAAAUAGAGCUUCAUAAAAAUUUGUGACAGGUGUCAUUCUAAAUUCAGGCUUUUUUUUAUAAAAACAGUUAUGAUCAUUCUUUAAUGGCCGUUUUUCUGUAAUUGACGCUUUAGAUUUUCUUUUAUAAUAAUCGUAAUGAUUGGUGAUCUUAUACGUCUAAAUAGAGUCUUUUGCUGUUUGACAACCGAUAAAAACAUCCCAGGAAUAUUAGUGUAGUGUGCGUGACAAGCGACGCCGACGUCUUACAGUCGCGAUUUGUGUGUCACUUUGUGUUAGUGUGCGUGCAUUGCUCAAAAGGUUAACUAUCAUUUUUUUCGACGUUUUCACAGCUCUCAUAGUCUAUCUAUUUUUUUAACCGACUUCAAAAAGGAGGAGGUUAUGAACUCGGUCGGUAUUUUUUUUAUGUAUGUACACCGAUUACUCUGAGAUUUAUGAUCCGAUUUACGUAAUUUUUCGAUGCAGAAUAGAUGCCAUUUGGUCCCAUAAAAAUUUUACAAAGUUUGGCCAAGUAGUUUUCAUUUUAUGAACAUUUUUUACGAAAAUCUUUGUUUACCUCGAUGAUAUAAUUGUUUUGUUGUGUCCGGCUUUUUUAGGAGUUUUCAUUCAGGUUGAUUAUCUAUUAUAAUUAUUAACUGACACUCAAAGGUAAAAAAUAAACUACGUUUAAAAAAACCGACUCCAAAAACUGAAAUGUAUUAAAUAACUAAAAAUUUAAUUUAAUACACCUUUACCUUUAAUAUUUAUAAAAUACUAUUAUUUGUAUGUGCUACAUAUUGAUAGCUCUGAAGUCGGUGUCAAGCCAAAUGUAAUAGUAAGUACCUGCACUCGCCACGCGUGACUUUGAGCGGGAUAGCUUCGUUUACAACAAAACAACCCAAGCGGACCGACACGCGUGGCCAGACAACCUUAAUAAUUACAGUAAGAAAGCUGUUUAUGAUAUUAAGUUUUAAUUUGUUUAGAGCUUGGCACCGCAUAAUAGCAUUUUAUUAAUAUUAAAGGUAAAGGUGUAUAAAAUUAAAAUUUUAGCUAUUUAAUACUUUUCAGUUUUUGAAGUAGGCUUUUUCAAGCGUAGUUUAUUAUUUAUUUAUUUAGACUAUAUUUAUUUAUUUAUUCUAGACGUAUAAAUGAUUUAAUAUUAUACUCUACUUCAAAAUUCCAGUGCUUAAUUCCGAAACAACUUGAUCGAUUUGAUGAAAAUGUUUUAAUGGAUACUUACCAGCUAGGUAGGGUUUGAGCUGCUAGGUGACACUAGGCGUGACUUUAGAUGUCCUUAUUGUAUAAAUAAUCUCAUAAACUUUUAAUUAAUUCUUGUAGUUUUGUAUCACUAAUAGUAGUUACCAUGAUAUCACUUCGUGAAUCGCCUUAUGUUAAGCUUUAUAAUUACCUACAUUAGUAGUAAAUUGUUAUAUUUCUUGAUAAAUGUACUAUGAAUAAAAUAUAAUAUUUAAUCUAUAUUAAAUUAUUGAAUUAUUUAGGUGGUGCAGGCAAAAGGGGGGUUUGGGAACGCACAAUAUUAUUCAGUGUCAUUAUAUCCAAUGAAAUCAAAUUAAGUAUCGUACCUAGUCAUUUAUUUCAUACAUAAACAAAUUUUAUUUCUAAAUGAAAAUAAACCAUUAUUGUAACAUAUUUAAUUUUUAUGUCUGUUUCUAAAAUGCAUUAUAGUAAUAAUGUUCGUUACCAAACGCCCCAAUACGCCUUUUUACCAAAUCUUAUAUUUUACAGAAAAUAAAUAUUGUAAAAGUGA